UUUGUACGAGUAAUAUGUUGGAAUUGAUAUCCCUCCUGCAGGGUAGUCUACUGUAAAAUCAGAAAUAAAGUUCUUGCUGGAAUUAUCGCAUACAGUAGUCAACAGUUAGAAAACCUUGUUGAUUGAUACACAGCUAUUAUUUUUAAUGCAUUUACUCUACUUCGAGAUACAUUACCUACGACACACAGAAAAGCGCUCCUUCCAGCUCAGAAUCACUAAAAGAUUCGCUUCCGACUUCGAUGAUGAAGUGAUUUGCGAUAACUCAUACGGUCUGAUUUACAGAUGCUGUAAUUGUGCCUGGAUGGAGGGAAUAAAAUCGUUUGGAUCACACAGAUAAAUUUCAGCAGAUGAGCCAUUAAGUAUUUUGAUGCAGCGACUUGCAAAAGAACACUUGAUUGCACAUUUCACUUGAAGGACGAAGAAGUGGAUGCACCAAUCGGAGGAUGGCUGCAUCGAGACACUGCAUACGACGCUCGUGUGUGUGCGAUAAACCGAUUGGCAGCCGAGUGUGCGCUGCGUUCUGCAAUGGGAUGCGUAGACUAUGGGUAUAAUUCAUGAUUGUGAUGUAGGAACAUUUGGAGUACUUCUAGUCCAACAAGUCAGUUCAGUGGAGGAAAACAUUUACAUGCACUAUUUCCAGUACAGUCCCUAUUUCUGUCCGGGCGAAACCUAGUUUCCUGUGGCGAAAAGGAAGUCGGUGACGGUGACUGCACCGCAAUAGGAUCCGCUCCAGAGACAGCAUCGCCUUCACUAAUGGAUUCAUAUUUCCAUCUUCAUAAACAACAAUUUGUCCUGGAAUGAUCAUCGCUGGAUGGGCCCUGAAGGAAAUUGUGAAAUCCGCAUCUCAACCUAUUUAUCUUUCUAUCAUUUGUCGUACUGCUCCCCCGGAAAAGGAAAGCCAUAUGGCAGACCUAAAUGACCUUUGAGAAUUCCGUUUGUCGUUAUACGCGGCGCAUCUGCGAUCUGGUGUAUGCUGUAUGUGUGUAGAGCGCCUGUCGUGCAUAUCCAUUUACGUAUAUACCCCGUCCUUAGUGUGAAGGAAGGAAAUCAGCUAGUGCUACCGUUUCCCCUUUUCUUUUGACGGCCACACACAGGCCGAACCCAUCCCAAUUCCUGGCUGUUUUACAUUUCUGCAUCCUGCUGCCGGUUAUCGUUUAGGACCCGUUAGCGGACAGUUGUUUUAACAGGAAAAGGAAGUCGUCGGCCUUGUGUGUAUCGGAACAUAUUACGAGUCCACUGCCGCGUCGACGCCAACCGGUAGCCGCCAGCUUUAACUUGACGAGUGGCGCGCGCGCGACAGGAUUCCGGUGUACACCGUUUCACAAGAUUGACCAUUACGUCCUUCCUUUGAGUUCGCAAAUUGGAGACCACCGGCGUUUUCGACUGGAUCAGUCCGUAUGUCUCAACACCAGGCCUUUGGCGACUCGGCCAUGGAGAAAUCUGUGGAGAGAGAAUCCUCCUGUGACUCGUAUGGCCUUUCCGGUACGGGUAUUCCCCGAGAACCUGGAAGCGGCAACCUAGUGACACGGGAGUCCAACAUAAACUUCAGCAUUCGCAAUAGCGACGCUGCUCAUGGAAAUCGCUAUAAUGGUCACACAAAACGUCAUUUGUAUUACGAGCACAAUGCGCGUCGGGCUUCGGAUUCCGGAAACGAAAUAUACCGGCAUGUACCAUUUGAGGAAAAGGAUGCCAAAAAACCCAUAAAAUCAGAGCCAGCGUACAUGGCAAAUUAUGCGGGAAGCGAUAAUUCCUAUACCAUGCAGGAUGCUCAGACUGUGGGAUCUCGAGGGGGUUCCUUAUUUCAGGAUUGCGGGACAAAGGUCAACCGGGUGUCGAACAACAAUGGACAAAAUAUCGGUAUUGAAAAGACCAAUGGCGCCGUGUCAGAAUCAUCCUUCAAAAGAACGUCAUCCAGCGGAUCCAUCGGUCUGAAUAAUAUCAGCAAUAGCAACGGAGCCGCAUCGGCAGCCGCUGCUCUGGCUGCGCAUGUAGCGAUGUCAUCAGCCGCUGCUGCAGCCGCGCAAGCUGCGUGGUCACCCGCUCAAAUUGAGUACCCUUAUCAGAUGUUUACAACGCCAAACUCCGCCGCGGUUAACUCACGAUUACCUCAUCCUCACCCGACAAAUCCCUGCGCAUCCAUCAAUUCGGGAUGCAGUACGAACGGAAACAACAACAGCAGCACAACGGCCAACAAUGCCGGUUCCGCAUCGCCCUCAUCAUCCACCUCUGGUUCGUCCAUCCUGCACGGUUCCGCCACAUCCACACCUACCGGCGCACUGAACCCCGCCCUACAUCAGCAUACCGGCGGUCUGUCGGCAUCCAGCGUGUAUAACCUGUCGAGCGCUGCCUGCGCCGCUAAUGCGGCCAAUGUGGGGAGUGGCCAGAUUCAGUUGUGGCAGUUCCUGCUGGAGCUGCUGCACGAUGCCAAUAACACCAACUGUAUCGCCUGGGAAGGCCAGCACGGCGAGUUCAAACUGACGGAUCCGGAUGAGGUGGCACGACGCUGGGGCGAACGCAAGUCCAAGCCCAAUAUGAACUACGAUAAACUGUCGCGGGCGCUGCGCUACUACUACGAUAAGAACAUUAUGACGAAAGUGCACGGGAAACGCUAUGCGUACAAAUUCGAUUUCCAUGGAUUACAGCAGGCCACUCAGCCGGCGCCCAAUCCAGUGUCGGUAUUCUCUAAUCAUCCCAUGGCCACGCACGGGCCCUUCGGCUCACCCGGCGGUGUGGGACCGGGCGCCGUGGGCGGUGGCCCGAUGCACGGACAUCCCGGUGACUUUGCCGCGGCAUACCGGUCAGAUUUGCUGAUGACGGCGGCCGGUGCGUAUUCCAAAUUAGGCCUAAUUCCGCCGACCGGACCAUCUUUUCCGACGGCGGCACAUCAUCCACAUUCGUUCCAAAACCCAGCUGGAUACUGGACAGCGAUGGCUAAUAAUGCAGCUGCAGCAGCGAAUUUCUACACAAGUUCAGCGAAUCACCCCAAUCAACAUCACCAGUAUGCCUCACCCCAUCAGCCUCCGCAUCACUUAUCAUCAUACUAUGGAAGCUGAGACCAAGUAUAUGUCCUUUAAUUCAAUGGAUAUUGGGGAAAGUUUACGUUAACAUCGGGAUCGGCAUUUUAUUUAUUGCUGGAAGCCUCUGGAAACUGGAGCAUUGCAAAACGGUGCAAAGUUUGCGACGGUGGAUAACCUUAGCAGCUGGCUAGUCUCGAGUCGCGAUCUCAUUCAAAGCAUACGAGUUUUAACUGCUUUUAUUAAAAACGUUAUAAUAAUAUUGCUGUUCCCAUGCGUGUUCCUUUGUUAAAUAAAAUAACUAGUUUAUUAUGCUAGAUUGUACAUAUAGCCUGCAUACACUACUCUCUCACACUCAUUGGGAAGCCUUUAAUUCUUAUUACAUUGAAUGCUUUAAUUAACUGCAGUUCUACCGGGUUAAAA